AUGUACAGCCUCAGCAAGAGCAAUACCUCCCUCACCAAUAUUGCAGCUGUAGAGAAGAAAAGUCAAGGUACUUUUCUGCAACCUCACGACAACACUGCAAGUCACAGUCAGCCUUCAGGUUCAGGCCGUUCGUUCACUUACCUCCAGUUGAGAGACGAGUCCAGAGUCCAGUCUCCAGACGGAAGAAAAGGCAGUGGAAACUGGUGUCUAUCAGUUUUCAAAUUGGACGAACUUGGUUUAGAGAUAUUGAGGAUUGCUCUGCCUGCAUCUCUGGCUUUGACAGUUGAUGGUGUGUUUCUAGGUACUGGAUCAUGGGCAUCUGAUGUUCUGGUUGAGUUAGUAAGCAGUGCAGUUCCAUUAUCAUCAGACAUAAUAAAAUUGUACCAAGAACUAAUGGCAUCUACAAUGAAGAAUGGAGUUAAUGAGUGUGUUAACAGAAUGAUGGCCAAUCGAGCCUGGACGACUCGUUUGCAGAAAUCAAUACGGAACUUGGUCCCGAGUUUCGAUCAGGAAGUUGUUUACAAUGUGUUGCACGGUUCCAAGAACUCAGAGCAUGCUCUCCAGUUCUUUCGCUGGGUUGAAAGAUCCGGACUUUUUCAACACACCAGAGAGACCCAUUUAAAAAUGAUCGAGAUUUUGGGGCGAGCUUCGAAGCUCAACCACGCUAGGUGCAUCUUAUUGGAUAUGCCAAAAAAGGGUGUGGAAUGGGAUGAAGAUUUGUGGGUUUUGUUGAUUGAAGGAUAUGGGAAGGCGGGCAUAGUUCAGGAGAGUGUGAAGCUGUUUCAGAAAAUGGAGGAAUUAGGGGUCGGAAGGACGAUAAAAUCAUAUGAUACUUUGUUUAAGGUGAUUAUGCGUAGAGGUCGGUAUAUGAUGGCCAAGAGGUAUUUUAAUAAGAUGUUGGGUGAGGGGAUUGAGCCAACCACACACACUUUUAAUAUCAUGAUCUGGGGAUUCUUUCUCUCAGGGAAGGUCGAGACUGCGAAUAGGUUUUUCGAGGAUAUGAAGAGUAAGGAUAUUUCACCGGAUGUGGUCACAUAUAAUACAUUGAUUAAUGGGUACCAUCGGGUUAAAAAAAUGGACGAGGCGGAGAAGUACUUUGUGGAGAUGAAGGGGAGGAACAUUGAGCCUACAGUUAUUACUUAUACAACAUUGAUUAAAGGGUACAUGUCAGUUGAGCGGGUCGAUGAUGCAUUGAAAUUGUUGAAGGAAAUGAAGAGUUUUGGGAUUAAACCCAAUGCCAUUACAUACUCAACCCUAUUAUCUGGACUAUGUGACGCAGAGAAGAUGUUUGAGGCUCGGGGUAUUUUGAAGGAGAUGGCGGAGAAGUACAUUGAAUCUAAGGAUAAUGCGAUCUUUACUAGGCUAAUAUCUGGCCAGUGCAAGGCAGGUGAUUUGGAUGCUGCCAUGGAUGUUCUAAAGGCUAUGAUUAGGUUGAGCGUUCCGACAGAAGCAGGGCAUUAUGGUAUUCUGAUCGAGAAUUUCUGCAAGGCUGGUCAAUAUGAUCAUGCUGUUAAGUUGUUGGAAAAGCUCAUUGAGAAGGAGAUCAUUUUGAGGCCUCAAAGUACUUUGCAUAUGGAGCCUAGUGCAUAUAACCCAAUUAUUGAGUAUCUUUGCAGCAAUGGCCAGACAUCAAAAGCAGAAAUCCUUUUGCGACAGUUGAUGAAAAUGGGCGUUCAAGAUCCUGUUGCUUUAAAUAAUCUGAUCCGUGGGCAUGCAAAGGAAGGAAAUCCUGAUCCAGCCUUUGAAAUUCUUAAUAUCAUGAUAAGGAGAAAUGUUCUUUCAGAAAAAAGUGCCUAUGAAUCACUCAUUGAGAGCUACCUGAAGAAGAAUGAGACUGCUGAUGCAAAGACAACUUUGGAUAGCAUGAUAGAGAAUGGUCAUCUCCCAGAUUCAUCCAUGUAUAGAUCAGUGAUGGAGAGCUUGUUUGAAGAUGACAGGAUUCAGACUGCAAGCCGAGUCAUGAAGACUAUGUUGGAGAAGGGGCUGAAGGAUCAUGAAGACUUGAUUGCUAAGAUUUUGGAAGCUCUUCUUAUGAGGGGUCAUGUUGAAGAAGCCAUUGGAAGAAUUGAGCUGCUGAUGGUUAAUGGUCUUGCACCAGAUUUUGAUAGUCUCUUAUCUGUUCUCUGUGAGAAAGGGAAGACAAUUUCUGCUCUGAAACUGUUGGAUUUUGGUUUGGAAAGAGAUUGCAACAUCAACUUUUCAAGCUAUGAUAAGGUUUUAGAUGCUCUUUUAGCUGCCGGCAAGACUCUCAAUGCAUAUUCGAUUUUAUGCAAGAUAUUGGAGAAAGGAGGUGUAACUGAUUGGAGUAGCUGCAAAGACUUGAUCAAGAGCCUUAACGAGGAGGGGAACACAAAACAAGCAGAUACUCUAUCUAGGAUGAUUUUGGGGAAGGGCAUGCAGAUUGAUGGCAAGAAAGGAAAGAAGAAAGCACAAAUUGCUUGUUGA